CAGCCAAGACUGGGCGAAGGUCCGGUGAGGAGGAGGAGGAGGCGCCGCCGCGAGACGAUGGCGGCCAACCAACCGCCGCCCCCGAAGCCCUGGGAGAACCGGAGGCUAUCUCCAGAUGUGGGAGUUAGUCAGCUGACGCGGCCCGGGCAGCCCACCCUCACCCGCGUGCCCCCUCCCAUUUUGCCAAGGCCAUCGCAGCAGACUGGGAGCACGGCCCUGAGCUCUUUCAGGCCUUCUUCGUACAGCAGCCCCUUCAGCUCAGGCUACGGCACGUACGGGAAUUCCUUCUACGGAAGCUACAGCCCUUACAGCUACGGAUAUGGCGGCAUGGGCUACAACCGGUUUCGGAUGGACGACGUUCCCACCAGCCGGUUUGUGCAGCAGGCCGAGGAGAGCAGCCGCGGCGCGUUCCAGUCCAUCGAAAGCAUCGUGCACGCCUUCGCCUCGGUCAGCAUGAUGAUGGACGCUACCUUUUCGGCGGUCUACAACAGCUUCCGAGCCGUCUUGGAUGUAGCCAACCACUUCUCCCGGCUCAAGAUCCACUUCACCAAGGUGUUUUCGGCUUUUGCCUUGGUCAGAACUAUACGGUACCUUUACAGGCGGCUGCAGCGGUUGCUGGGUCUGAGAAAGAAUUCUGAAAAUGAUGAUUUGUGGGCAGAAAGUGAAGGGACUGUGGCCUGCGCUAGCCCCGAGGAAAGGGCAGCCAACUCUGCAAAAUCCUGGCCAAUUUUCCUAUUCUUUGCCGUUGUUCUUGGGGGUCCCUACCUCAUUUGGAAGCUGCUGUCCACCUACACUGAAGACGAAACAGUUUCCGGCAAUUGGGCAAGUGGAGAGGAUGAUCAUGUUGUUGGGAGAGCAGAAUAUGAUUUCAAUGCUGUUUCGGAAGAAGAAAUUUCUUUCCGUGCUGGCGAAAUGCUAAAAUUGGCGCCCAAAGAACGACAACCCAAAAUACGUGGCUGGCUCUUGGCCAGCCGUGAUGGCCAGACAACAGGACUUGUUCCAGCUAAUUAUGUCCGAAUACUCGGCAAAAGGAAAGGAAAGCGAGCUGCAGAGCUGGAGAAGGUUACUGAGCAUGAGCCGGCACUCAGCAAUGCCACUUUGAUCCAAGGAGCCACAGCUGCCGACACCCUGGAAGAGCAAGAAGCUGCCUUUGAGUCUGUUUUUGUAGAAAAUAAUAAAGUUCCCGUCGCACCCAGCUCUGCUGUACUUGAUGGAGACAAACAGGACCUUUGAUGCAUUUAACAAAGUAAGCCUGUGGUGGUCACAGUAAUUCUGUAGGGUAGGCAUUCAGUAGUGAUGUAGCUGAACACUGUUGUUGGCGGUAUCCAGGUACUUGCUGUUCACACCUGGUAGAGUCAUUGGGAAGGAUGUUUUCAGUCUAAGCCUGUGCUUGGUUCUUUUGGCAUUGAACAGUUGUGUUAAGCAGGCUAGCAUCCAUUUCAUUAUCUCAGGCGUGGGUGAGUUUUGGAGUGCAGGAGACUCUGCACCAUGUCCCAUUCAACGGAAGGAGCUGGGCUGAGAGGUUCCCCAGGCAGCCGUCUGCUUUGAAGUCCUCCUCAGGGACUGAAUACAGCGUCAUUGUGACGGUUCCAAGAAAGAACAUGUUUUCACCAAGUCUUCACGCAUAGUGCAAGAUUGGUUUUCUUUCCCUCCUUAAACCCAGUUUUUGUGAGAUGAAGAAUCUCUGGCUCAUGGGGAUGUCAGGAAACCUUAUGGGGGAGGUGAAUUAAUACUUCCAUAAGUUAGUAGUUCUGUAUGGAAGUCACUUUAGAACUGACAGCAAGCCUAGUUAAUUGUAGUUCCAAGAUGUGAGCUGACAUGUCCUUGGUCCUCUUUUCAUAGAUAAGCUUUCUACUCUGAGCUUUGAAAGCUGCUCCUUUGUGCUGCCUUAGACCUCUGUGCUUGAAGCUCCAUGUCAUUCUUUGCCUGGACUAGUAGGCAAUUGCUCUU